CUGCACGUUAUGAUCGCACGGAAUUCCUUUACUUAGGAGAGUAUUAAAGCAAGUACGUUACUCACUGCUUUUGUUAGAACGUUGCAUUCGCUACGGUAAAGGGCAUAUUACGCUUGCCUUGGGACCUGUCAGCAUAUAACUACCUCCAGUCUGCGCUGUGCAAGUUUUGUAUUGGUGGCAGCUCCCUAAAGAUAAUGGCUCGCCAACUUGUACAUGUCAAUGAGGAUACCAAGGAGCUUGAGUUCUCGGCUGCCGCGCUGGACAAAUUGAGGCGUCUCAAUGGCAAUGUGCAUUUCGUGGCCAUCUGCGGAGGAUCAGUGCAGGGCAAGAGCUCCCUGCUAAACUUUCUGAACGCGGCCUUAUCAGGCCAGGGCGCACCCGCAGCGGGUAGCGGGGGCUUUCCAGUGGGCUGCAAUCACAGGUCUUGUACGGAAGGCAUCUGGAUGUCAUCGGAACCAGUACCAGUCCAACUCGACACCGGCGAGGUCGCAAACCUGGUGUUUCUCGACUUGGAGGGAGUCAAUUCCGCAACGGACGCAGCACGAUGCUACAGCAACCACCUGUUCGCCUUGGCUUCCUCGCUGUCUUCUGUCGUGGUUUACAACCAUAUGGGGCCCAUUGACGAAGUCCAGAUUGCACAGCUGGGGCAGGCUUGCAAGUUCGCCCGGCAGCUUCACGAGGAAAGCGGCGCAGCAGCAGGCCCCUCCUCUGCCGCCUUCGCCGCCUCCGCUCUGCAGCCCGGUGUCCCCCUCCGCCGGCCGGGGUUGGUGUACAUCCUGCGGGACUGGGGGGGCUUCAAGCUGGCGGACAAUCUGACGCCCCGGGGGUACCUAGAGGAAGCCCUCGAGGAGGGUCCUCCCCAGCCUUCAGGAGGCCCCUCCGGGUCAGCAGUAGCAGCAGCAGCGGCGGCUGGGGUAGCGCCGGCCGGAACGUAUACUGAACGAGGCGGGCAGGCGGCGGCGGCAGCAGCGGCAGCAGCGGCAGCAGCAGCCCCGUAUGGAGGAGGAGCUUCUGCGGCUGGCACCCCCGGGAACCAGCUCCGCCACGAGAUCAAGGCGGCCUUCCCAGACCGAGACUGCAUCACACUGGUGCGACCGCAAUGCGACGAGGCUCGCCUGGCGGCCCUAGUGCAGCUGCAGCCGGAAGAAGUUAGGCCAGAAUUCUUAAUGGGGGUCCAAGAACUCGCGUGUGCGUUGGUCCAAGCCUGCGUCGGCCGUCCCGGCUGCAGCGGCGGGCAGGCUGCGGAUAGGGUGGUUCAGUUUUGCACAACCGUCAAUACGACGGAGAAGGCGUGGAUGCGACUAGGUGACAAGGCGGCGUCAAGGGCACGGAAGGAGCCUCCCGUGGAGGUUAUAGUUAUUGACGAUGACGAUGACGAGGAAGCGGAGGAGGUGGAGGAUGGACACCAGCCGGCGGCCGCUGCUGCUGCGGCGGCGGCGGCGGCUCCAGCGCCGGAAAUACAACCGUUUCCAGGCCCGACAGCACCGGCUCUAGCAGUACCGCUGCAGGAGUCCAGGACUGAGACACGAACUACCACCACGACCAACAACAACACGGCAUCGGAAGCGCAACAGCAGUCGGUGUCGGUUGGGGUGGCGAUCUCGAGCGUUUCCUCGUACAAAUCCGCUUUAGAGGAGCAGGAUUGGGAGCGGCAGCGGCGGGAAGAAUGGGAGCGGCAGCGGCGGCGGCAGCAGCAAGACGAAGACGCGGCAUCCUGGGAAGUACGGCCGACGUCGGAACUGGAGGUGGCGGAAGAGGACGCGGCGGCGAAGGAGCGCGUGCUGAGGGCCCUGCUGCAGAUGAAGGCGGACGCGACGGCGCAUCGGGAUAGGGCGGUAAAGGCGGUGGUGGCGGCGGCAAACAACGCGGCUAGGACAGACGCGCAGGCGGCAUAUAAAAGAUGGCAUGACCGCUUGGUCGACGUCAACAAGCAAGAGGUGGUGGCGGGGGAGCAGCUGCAGGCAGCGAAGCAGCGACUGCAGCACCUGCUGCUGCUGCAACAGCAACAGGAGGGGCAGCAGUCGCAGGGGCAGCAGCAGCAGCAGGAGGUGGGAGGGCGACAGGUGCUCGGGAUGUCAUCUGGGCGCAGAACAGCGAGCGGAACAACGACCGCUAGCACGGGUCGCAAGCGGGUGAACUGGACGCAGCGGGAUCCCGGAGGAGGGGCGGCGGUGGAGGCAGCGGGGCAGCCGCGACAGCAGCAGCAGCGGCAGGGGGCUCCUUUAAGCAGCAACACCACCGCUGUGGCGGCGGCUGCUCGGGAGUCUAAGAGGCACCGCGCGGAGGGGACCUCUGGUGGAGCAGCAGCAGCAGGG